ACCAUAUUCCAUCGGCAUGGCGGAGGCGCAACCCGAGAUGAGCGAGGCGCGGUUAACGCGUCUGAUGCGACAAAAAGAUGUGGUGCAACGUGAUGGAAUGAAGAAGGUUAUUCAGCCCAAGCUCGACGAAAUGGACCGUGUGUCCACCGACUCGUCGGACGACAACCAGGACGAAGUAGAAGAAGCCGAUGGUGUCGACGACGGCGAGGGUGUCACGAUGGAAGACAAGUACAUGUCCGAGCUGCAGUUCCUGCGCAACCAAGUACAGGACCUUCAAGGAGCAUUGAAGGCGCGUGACAUGGAGCUGUUCCAGCUGCGCGAACGCUAUGAUCUUCUCUUGGUUGCAGUCGAACAACAAGACGAAACGAUUGCAGCGAUCUAUGCCACGACAAACACGGCGUCGUCCGACGCGCACUUGCAACAAUACUCGGCGCUGCGGGAAUCGUCCAUGCUGUCGUCGGCACCAUCACCUCCUUGCGUCAAACGAACGGCAAAGGAAAUGCUUUUGGGUCACUUAGACAGUAUGGGGUUCGAUGCCGACAGCGUCGGCUUGGUCCUAGAGGCAUUCCACGACACCACGGUGCCACCAGCAUCACCUUCCACGAGAUCAUCAGCGGUUGGCUCUGGGGCCACCGACUUGGCGGCUCUUAAUUCGGCGCUGGAUCAACUCUUGAACACGGAUGCCACCUCGGGCAGCCAGGUCCAGCAGUCAUCAUCGUCAGCAACAACAAUUAUGCCAGCCUAUGCGAACAAGUCUGGCUUUCUCCGUCCCGCGGUUCGACGACACAGCAGUAAACGACUCAGUGUCAGUGACUUUGGGCUAUUUAAUCACGAAUCCGCUGAGGACAUCCUGCAGCCGACGGAGGAGCGCCGCCAGUCCGAUCCGCUCUUUGCCGGUAUGGACGAAUACGCCGACACGAGCAACCAGCCUCUUGUGCAAGCCAAAAUCAAACGAGACAAGCAGGACGAGGAGUUGGAAGAGCUGUCCUACUCGGUGUUUUUGGAGCGGCUAAGCUUGCCUGGCUCCAAGGACAUAGUCGAGGCAAUUCGGCGAUUCGUUGGGUCAGUUCUCGGACCCCGUGGCGAUGGCUGCCCUCCAACGUCCGCCCACUUUGUCGAUUACAUCUUUUACGGUCAUGAGUCGUUUCAGCAGCGAUGCGAGGAGUUUUUCCGAUCGAUUGACGAAACCUUGGCGACCCAUCCCGCAUGGCGCCACGCCCCCGAGCGGAUACUGCGUCACGCUCGCGACGGCAUUGAAAAGUACGUCAUGGACAAGUUGGCCGACGUGCCGUUGCACAAAUUGCGAGAAAGCGCAGCGUGGAAAGCCGAAGAUGCCGCGCUCUGGCGGCGGAUGCAAGUGCUAUCGCAGUUUGUCACACCCGAUAUGCUCGAUAUCAAGCCCAGCAUGCGCAACGAGGUCGUGUGGAGCAUUGCCCAAGACGAGCUCCGGCACAUCAACGAGUACCGGUCUCCUGGCGACAAGAUCAAUUGCAUCGUGCGGUGCUGCAGCAUCAUCUUUAGCGUCCUCAACCUCGCGCGCGGCAGCGACGUCAUGAGCCGACCAGGCGCGGACGACUUUUUGCCCGUGUUCAUCUACCUUGUGCUCCAUUCGCAAGUCCCAAGCUUGGUGUCGAACGCCGAGUACAUUGCUGCGUACCGAAACCCGGCCGAUCUUAUGUCCAAGGCGGGGUACUGCUUUGUCAACCUGCGCAGUGCAAUUGAAUUUAUCUUGGUGCUGGACGCCAGCAUGCUCUCGAUCGACGAAACGGAGUUCAACAGUCGUUUCGCCGCGGCGGAAGCUACUGUGUCGAGCUCAUCGGCGACUCCCCCGUCUCGGCUAACCGAUGAAGCCACCGUCAAGUUUGACUGAUCCCAAGAAAGGAUUCAGUCCAUUGUGCUUGUUGAGCGUCGACGAUACGUCGAGUUACGGACGGUCUGCCUUCGUGACCGCUUCGAGUUCCCCACCAUUGCCGGAACACGACUGGCAACUCCUGCUCCGUGAUGAAUAAUCGAGGGUCGACUUGAAACCUAGUCUUUGCCCAUAUUCUCGACACUGACCUGCUGGAACACUGGGUGGCUGCACCGUGCCAAACCACAGUCGCUUGACGCAUUGCAGUGUAAGCUAGUCGUCGAGUGCAGCAGUACCAUGGCUGGCACGAAGAUCAUUCCCGAGUGCCAAGAGGAG